AUGAUCCAGGAACGGCUUCGUACAGCUCAGAGCAAGCAAAAGAGUUAUGCUGAUAAUAGAAGAAGGGAGCUAAAAUUUCAAGUAGGCGAUUAUGUUUUUCUGAGAGUUUCUCCCACUAAAGGUAUCAUGAGAUUUAAAGUUCAUGGUAAGUUGAGUCCAAAGUAUAUUGGCCCUCUUGAAAUUUUAGACAGGAUUGGAGAGGUUGCAUAUGGGUUAGCAUUAUCGCCGGCUUUAUCUGGUGUACAUAAUGUGUUUCAUGUAUCAAUGUUGAGAAAGUAUAUUCCAGAUCCAAGUCAUGUGGUGAGUUAUGAACCUUUGCAUCUUCAGAAGGAUCUGACUUAUGAAGAAUAUCCAGUACGGAUUGUUGACAAGAAGGAUCAGGUGUUACGACAUCGAAAUAUUCCUUAUAUGAAGAUCCAAUGGAGUAAUCAUAGUGAGAGAGAGGCUACAUGGGAACUCAAGACAGAAAUGACGGUCAAGUAUCCACAACUCUUCGAAAACUCAG